AUGGCCUCUCGUGUCCUGGUCUCUGGUCUCCCCCGGUCUCUCCCUCCCCUCCCCCCGGGGCCUGCCCCUACCUGCGUUCCCUGCGUCGAGGGGCGGCAGCGCGCCGCUCCUCACUCCUCCGAGUUUCCGCCGACAGAGGCUCCGCUGCAGACUCUUCACAUGGACGUGUGGGGCCCAGCCCGCGUCCGUGGACAGGGUCACGAGCGUUACUUCCUGUUGGUGGUUGACGACUACUCGCGUUACACCACAGUCUUCCCCUUGCGCCGCAAGGAUGAGGUCACUGAGACGUUCACGCUUCCGGCCUCUCCACAGCAAAAUGGGAUUGCUGAGCGCCGCAUUGGCAUGGUCAUGGAUGUCGCUCGCACGUCCAUGAUCCAUGCGGCUGCUCCCCAUUUUCUGUGGCCGUUUGCGGUUCAGUACGCGGCGCGUCAGAUCAACCUUCAGCCCCGGGUAUCCAUGCCGGAUACCUCCCCCACUCUGAGGUGGACGGGGAAGGUUGGCGAUGCGUCUGCGUUCCGUGUCUGGGGAUCUCGGGCUUUUGUCCGAGACUUGUCUACGGACAAGCUGUCCUCCCGUGCUGUUCCCUGCGUCUUCCUUGGCUUCCCCCCUGACGCGCCUGGUUGGCAGUUUUACCACCCCACCUCGCGCCGUGUUCUGUCCUCCCAGGACGUCACGUUUGACGAGUCGGUUCCGUACUACCGUCUCUUCCCCUACCGCGCUGCCCCCCUUCCCCCCCCGCCGCUCUUCCUUACGCCAGGUCCCCCCCCGGUAGACCCCCUCCCCCCUCAGGGUCCUGCUCCUUCAGGUGUGUCUCAGGUAGACCCCCCCCCCUUGGCUGAGCCUUUGGAGGUCACUUCCGACACCUCUGGCCCACCUGAGGGGGGUGACGCUGCUGCUGACGCCCCGGCGGCCUACCGCCGUGCACCACGCUUGGAGACCCCUCCAGGGUUCCCUCCGCGACCUUCUUCGCCGCCUCUGCAGCCGGUUCCUGUUGACUCUGGUGCUGUUGGGGGUGGUGCUCCUGGAGGUGCUGCGUCUGGGGGUGCGGAGUCUGGGGGUGCUGAGCCUGCGCGUGAGGAGACUGGAGGUCCUGCGCCUGGGGGUGCUGUGUCUGGGGGUACUGCGCCUGUGUGUGCUGUGUCUGGGGGUACUGGGACUGCUGGUGCGCGGCCUACUUGGAGUGGCCGCCUUCGUCCACGUGUGCCUCUCACCACUCAGCAGCUGCACGACUGGUACGGUCGCCGUCAGCGUCGUACUGCAGGAGCCCGGGGCUCUGCUGCUAGGGGUACUGGAGCUGCUGGGGCUGGGGGUGCUGCGCCUGGAGGUGCCGUUGCUGGAGACCCUGGGACUGGAGGUGCUGGUUCUGGGGGUGCUACUGCGGGAGACACUGCGGUUGGAGACCCUGGGACUGGAGGUGCUGGUUCUGGGGGUGCUGCUGCGGGAGACGCUGCGGUUGGAGACCCUGGGACCAAAGGUGCUAGUUCUGGGGGUGCUGCUGCGGGAGACACUGCGGUUGGAGACCCUGGGACUGCAGGUGCCGGUUCUGGGGGUGCGGCUGCUGGUGACGCUGGUUCUGGAGCUGCUGGCGCUGGAGGUACCGGUUCUGAGGCUGGAGCUUCUGGAGCUGCUGGAGGCGCUGGAGCUGCUGGAGGUGCUGGAGCUGCUAGCUACCUGAGCUGGUGCAGCUGCGCCGACACGACUGUUCUUCGCUCCGCCGUCUCCGUCGUCGCUGCCGCCGCCUGA